CCGCGUCGCUGUACCGGGGGUUCUCUUUCGUGCCUAUGGUUACCGGUGCGUGAGGAAGGUAGGGGCUGGGAGCUGCUUCGACUAGACCCCCGCCAUGUCCCCCCGCUCCCUCGGUGGCCUCCUUCUACUACUGCUGUGCCUGCUUGGGGAAGCCAUCGCCGGGAGAGAUUUCUAUAAGAUUUUGGGGGUUCCUCGCAGUGCAUCUGUUAAAGAUAUUAAAAAAGCCUACCGAAAAUUAGCCCUUCAGCUUCAUCCCGACAGAAACCCUGAUGAUCCACGUGCACAGGAAAAAUUUCAGGAUCUUGGGGCUGCCUAUGAGGUAUUGUCAGAUGAGGAAAAACGAAAGCAGUAUGAUGCCUAUGGUGAAGAAGGGUUGAAAGAAGGACAUCAAAGUUCUCAUGGAGAUAUUUUUUCACAUUUCUUUGGAGAUUUUGGUUUCAUGUUUGGAGGCAGUCCUCGUCAGCAAGACAGGAACAUUCCAAGGGGAAGCGACAUUAUUGUGGACCUAGAAGUUACAUUGGAAGAAGUGUAUUCGGGAAAUUUUGUGGAAGUUAUUAGGAACAAGCCAGUUGCAAGACAGGCACCAGGGAAACGGAAAUGCAAUUGCCGGCAAGAGAUGAGGACAACCCAGUUAGGCCCAGGACGUUUCCAGAUGACACAAGAAGUUGUCUGUGAUGAGUGUCCCAAUGUCAAACUUGUGAAUGAAGAACGAACGCUGGAGGUGGAGAUAGAACCUGGCGUUAGAGAUGGAAUGGAAUAUCCCUUUAUAGGGGAAGGAGAACCUCAUGUUGAUGGAGAACCAGGUGACUUGCGCUUCCAAAUAAAAGUUCUUAAGCAUCCAGUGUUUGAAAGAAGAGGAGAUGAUUUAUAUACAAAUGUUACCAUCUCACUUGUGGAAGCUCUUGUUGGAUUUGAAAUGGAUAUUGCUCAUUUAGAUGGACAUAAGGUCCAUAUUGCCCGUGAUAAAAUCACAAAACCUGGAGCCAAGCUGUGGAAGAAAGGAGAAGGUCUUCCAAACUUUGAUAACAAUAACAUCAAAGGCUCCCUUAUCAUUACAUUUGAUAUUGAAUUUCCAAAAGAACAGUUGACUGGGGAACAGCGAGAAAAUCUCAAACAAUUGCUGAAACAAGCAUCUGUUCAGAAGGUGUAUAAUGGACUGCAGGGCUAUUGAGACUGAAACAACUGGACUUUCUUGUGGAUAAAUGAAAUAAGUACUGUAAACUGCAGUCUUUUCUGCUGGUCAUUGUAGAACAAAUGCAGAGGGUGGAGUAACCUCUGAAAUCUCUUUUUUUUACAAUAGCAAGGAUAAUUCUGGAAUGGAUCAGAAGACAAACAAAAUUUCUUUAUUCUGGAUACAACUGGUGCUCUAUUUGGAGCAAUUAGGCUCCAGCAGUUGAGAGAGAGGUCGUAUUUUUAACAGAAUUAGCACACUGAAGUUCCAUUUUCAAAUAUAUUUUGAUGUUACUUUCCUUGCCACUCUUACUGAGUUUUCAUAGUUUUUUCAUGGUUCCUUUAUCUUGGAUCACCUUGGUUUUGACAUGUUUUUUGACCCAUCUUGAAAUUACACCUAUCCCUAUCGAUUAUGUUCAAAUUUGAGGCAUGAGCAGAUAAUAGCUACCUCCACAAAUUGCUGUCCUUUCUUGUUAAACUGCCAGUGGUUCUUGUUAUUUACAGUUGUAGAAGUGUUAAGUUUUGCCACCAUAACAGAGGGGGUCUUUGCAAUUUACACUUAGAAAUGUUAAAUUGCGAAAAACUGGUUUAAAUGAACUGAGAGACUUUUUGCUAAAAGUUUGUCAUUGCACUUAGAAGAAAAUGUGCUAUGUUGCUUUUGUUCACUUAGAUAGGAGUUGCUGUUUUUUUAACAGAGCUCUAUAUAGAUAUUUCCUCUAAUUUGCCGUUACAACAGUUUAUGUAACUAGAUAAGUAAGAAUACUGGAUUAUAAAUUUGUGGGAAUCUUGGGUCAAUUCAUAUUUUAAGUAGCACAUAUGUUUCCAGAAGUGCAAAGUAUGGAAUCUGAGUGUUUAGAAUUUCCCAGAUAUUUUCAAAUUACGCAUAUUGCAUAGUAUAUCAUACUCAUUCCUAUAAAUAUUGGCAUAUUUUCACUACAUACAACAAAUACACUGUAACUGCUCAAUAUGGCUAUAGGUAAGAACCAUUGGACAAGGUAUGGUUAGGAAGACACAUAGUUUCUAUUUUUCCCAGUCUCUUGGCUAAUAGGCACACCCAUAAUUGUCUCAUGCAGACUUUGUGUAUUUUGAAUAUCAUAUUUAUAUAUCUUUACUGAAAAGAUGGCUGCAGUUUCUGACCCUGGGUCAGCCUCUUAGUCUCAAUAAUGACCUAGCAGUAAAUAAUGUUUAGUUCCUUGACUGAAAAUGAAAUUGCUUUAUUUAAUCUGGAAAACCAGCCCACUGAUGUUUACUAGCAGCAUUGUAUUAUAAUGGAUGGAACUGAUGAAGUCACUAUAUGAAUAGAGAAGUAGAAAAAGGCUAGCAGUGAAAUAAAUAGCCACAAAUGUGAAUAGAUUGGAAUAACUUCAUAAAAAACAUCCAGCCAAUUCUGCCAUUCUUUCUUCUAUUUUAAGAAUUAUACUAAGUUCUACAAAUGAAAGGAAACUUAAGGACAGGUAAAAUGCUUUUUUAAUUUAAGUAUAUGAUGUCAGCUCAUAACUGAAAGCCCCAGGUCUAAAUUCUGGUGAACAGCUAAUAAGAUCCUUAAUUAACUGAGCAAUUGUGGAGGAUCUUUAGAGCACUUAGAAGUGAUGAACAGGAAACAGUUUCACAAUUGUUGGCCGCCUGCUCAGUGUUAUGAGGAUAAAAUGCAUGGAGUUAUUACCUCAUGUUUUCUUGGUAAGCACUAAUCCUAA